AUGGAGGCACUUGCUGCUCUUAGCCUUGCAGGCAACGUUAUGCAAUUUGUAGAUUUUUCUAGCAAGAUAAUAUCCGAAGCUCGUGCAAUCGAGAAAAAUGGAGAAUCGUUAUCCAUUGCUGAUCUCCAGCGCUUUGCAUUAAACUGUACGAAGCACGCGAGUAUUAUCAGAUCCCGUCUUCAAGCCAGCAACUACACAAGACCUCUCAGCAAGGAGAAUCAGGUUUGGGCCCCAAAACAUCUUGUUGAUUUGGCAGCAGACUGCGAACAGGCUGGACAUAAGUUCGCAUUCUACUUGUCCACAUUUUCGACUUCUUGGACAGCAAUCAAUUUCCUACACGUUCUGAAAGACAGUAUUAGAGUUCGAUGGCGACAGGAAGCAAUUAUCACCUUCGUCGACAAGCUUGAGGGCUUCCAGAGAGCCCUGACACUUGCUGUAAUACUCGCUUUUCAAUCCAGCGUUGACAAUAACAACGAGAAUCUCAUAUUUCAUACAAAGGCAUUGCAGGAUUCAGGCGACAAAAACAACGCCGAAAGCAUUAGACAAAAUGAGCAGAUCAAAGAUAUGUUGGUAGAUAUGCAGUCGCAUUCUGCCUCAAAUCUGGUAAUACACCGAAAAUUACAGACUUGUCUGCGCGACAUCAGCUCGCUGCAUCGAUCCACGCCGCAAAACCAGACCAUUUUGACAUGGUUGAACUUUCGUCAAAUGGCUUGGAGAUACAAAGAGAUAUGCACCGCUUACCAAGAGACGUUUCAGUGGAUCUUCAGACCGCCAGGUCUAGGAGAUGCAUGGGAUGACUUUGGCAAUUACUUAAGCGAAGAAGGCUGGAAGCGGAAAACGACCCUUCUUAGGUUCAUUGUUGAUAAUGAGCAAACAUAUAACAAGCUGGCUCUCUGGGCGCCGCAGAAUCAGCUUCCUGUGCUUCACUUCUUUUUUUGGAAUUUGGGUACACCAUUACAGAAGAGCCGGACUGGAAUACUCCGGGCCAUUCUUCACGAGGCACUCUCCAAGUACCCUGAGCUCAUUCCAUCAAUACUCCCAGAUCUUUACAGCAACUGGAAGAAAUCUUAUGUGAGCGAUGAGCCUACCUUUGAGGAGAUGAAAAGAGCGUUAGAAAUGUUUGUGGAGAAAGCCUCACAAUUUCUUAAGAUAUGCAUCUUUAUUGACGGCAUAGACGAGUUGGCCGCCGAUCAUAAGGAGUUGGCACAACUGGCUCGCUCACUUGCUGGAGGAAACGUCAAGGUUGUGGUGUCCAGUCGGCCCAUUAAUGCAAGUGCCAACGUCUUUAGGGGUUGUCCAACCUUGAGAUCGCAAGAUCUCACAAGACACGACAUGGAUCAGUACAUCAGGGUAAAUUUAGUGGGCCACCAAGCCAUGUGUCAGAUGUCGAGAUUUGAUCCACGAGGAGCAGGAGAUCUGAUUUCGGAGAUUAAAUCGAAGGCUGAAGGCGUUUUUCUCUGGGUUCGCUUGGUUGUGCGACUUCUUGUAGACGGUCUUGAAGCUGGCGAUUCAAUUAUGGACUUGCAAGCAAAGCUUCAAUCACUUCCUAGGGACCUGAAAGAUCUGUACCGAGGAAUGUUGUCCAGAACUCUUCCGGAGUACCAGGUACAAGCAUCUGAAAUACUGCAGAUGUUCCAUGUCUGGAAUACAUACACUUCGCAUCAGCCACUCGGCGUGAUCACUUUUGCAUUCGCUAUGCAGCCCUUGAACGAGGCUUUCACCCGCCCAGUCGCUCCUCUGGAUUUGGAUCAGUAUAUAUGGCUGUACAACAGUACAGAAGCACAAAUUCAAAGCCGAUGUUGUGGUCUUCUCGAAAUUGGGAGAGAUUGUGGUCCCGCAAACGCUGCUUUGAAUUGGGCCUCUGGCGAUGAAAAUGACGGUUCGGUUGUGAGAUAUAUGCAUCGGACAGUUGGUGAAUUUCUCGUUUGCGGCGAGGUGUGGGAAGAGAUGAGGAAGAUGACACAAAAUACUGGAUUCAAUCCAGCUUUGAAUCUAUCAUCAGCUUGUCUUUCUAUGCUCAAGUCAGCAAGUACCAUCACUAGCGCAAGAGCAUCGACUAUACUGUUUGGCAAUCUGAUCAACCUUAUUGGUUCCUCUAUUUGCUUUGAGAAUCUAGCCUUGCCUGAGUAUAUGCAAUGUAUGGAACAAUCGAUGAGCAAACAUCAGAACCUCUUCAGCCACCUUUUUGGCAGAGAAGUCACCCGGGCAGAAAAUUGGCUGCAAUACUUCCGCUCUAAUAUUGGGAAAGCUAUUAGCAAUUAUAAUGCAGAACCAUUUCAAAUAAAGGGAAGAAUUUCUUAUAAAGUUAGCAAGCUUAGACGGAAGGCACCUCCUGGAGCACCUUUCCACCGUGCACAAAGAGGUACUCAUAACUUGGUAACGGCUUUAGUGUCUUCUACAGAUAACACAGUUACUCCGAACGAAGAUCACGUUCUUAGUGGAAGGGAUAUUUGGUAUUUAUAUGGACCUCCUUUCCUUGAAACUCGACAGUUUUCAGCGUCUUCGCAUGAAUGA